AUGGGUGCCCAGGAGAUCAAGUACUUGUACUUCUCGCAGGCGAAGCUUGGCCGCCGGUGGCGGCGGCCGGUGAGGGGGUUCCGGCUCAGCCCGACCCGCCUCUCCGUCCGCCGGCUACGCGCCAGGCUGUGGACCAUGCUCGGCCUGCUGGGCCGCUACUUCCGCGGCGUGCGGCUGCCGCAGCUUACCAGGGGGCUCGUCGCCAGCAGCAGCUCUCCCGCGUCAACGAGCGGCGGCGGCAACAAGAAAGGGCAGCCGCCGGCAGUGUCACAAUCACAGGCGGCCGGUAGCAACGGCGCCAAGCCGCGGAGGCCGCCGUGCAUGCGGUCAAACUCCUUCUACGCGCGCGCCGUCGCGGACUGCCUCGACUUCAUCAAGGGCAGCAACGCCGCCCCGGUCGAGGACAACCGCGGCGCCGCUGCCGGUGCCGUCCGGCACGGCUAUGGGCAGCAUCAGGUGGUGAAGGCCACGUGA